AAAAAAAAACCAAUGAUGCAGACUAUUGUUGACCGUUCAGCCAAUAAUGGCUAUUCUCAUUACGCCCGCCCUAAAAUGAAUGGAGGAGGUACUUAUGGUUAUAAGUACGAUGAAGGUGGCUUUCAUGGUGUAAAUGGGGGUAAUGGUCAACGUCCUAGUGACAAUAGAGACCAUCAAAGAGGAUCCUUCAAUGGUCGUAGUGGCAAUGGGCGAAACGGCAAUGGAGUUCAUGUUCCAUCCAAUUACCGAAUCCACGAAGAACUCGUCUUCCGAGUUACGAACAUACAAAGUGAAGCCACAGCAACAGAUUUAAAAGACCAUUUUAAUUUGUUCGGAUCUGUGUAUAAAGUUGUAAUUGAAACGGCAGAGUAUAAUGGGGCUGAUAGAUCAAUUGGAGCGGCACUUGUUACCUUUAGACCACCUCCGCCACCAUUCUGGAAUAGAGAUGUUGUUUUUCAUGGACGAGUUCUAAAAUUGGAGCAUUAUCCGUUAAAACACAAUAAUACACAUUUUAAGGAUCCCGCUGAUGGUAAACAUAAACUUAAGAAACAUACUUUUAAUGCAGAAAGCAUUGAAAUGGGUGCGUUCUUGCAACCUGAUACUUUCGUUUCCGAAGCACUAUUUACUGAAAAAGUCAAUUUUAUGCUUGAUUACAAGCGACGUAUCAUUAAAGUCAUAUUUGUAGUUCAACGUACUCAUACUUUUAAGUUGGAGAUUCAAUUUAAAGAUGUGGACGGGGAAAUUAUUGCUGAAUGCGAUAGAUAUCGAGCUAUUCUUACUGUCUCGAGCAAAUUUCCGGCUAGAUAUUGGUUUCACAACGGUGCACAAAGAAAUAAUAAGAAUCAAAGAAAUAAUAAUGCAAAAUUGCAGGAUUUUAACUGGUGUUACGAUGAUUGUUGGAAAAGAAAAACAGAAAUUCGUGUUGUGCCACGAACUGACGAGGAAAAGUCAUUGCCUCUACAGCUAAAUAUGCCAAAUAAAAGUGAUAAAAUUGGCAAGUGGCUCGUAUUUAGAAUUACAUUUGACCUUGAUUCUAUAAAAAAUGGAAUAAAAGAAAUCAAGGAUAUGUUGAUCAAGGCUGGAGAAUACAAUCUCGCAUCAAAGCCUGGUGAAUUUAGAAAUCGUCCAAUUAAGGUUGUCAAGUCCGAUACAUUAGAACAAUAUUGGGAUAGAUCUACGUUACAGUUCGAUGUCGCCUACAUGAUAGAAAGUAAUAUAUCACAUAACUUUCUAAACGAAUAUAAUCUUUCAGAAGAUUUCUAUAAAAUUUUGUCACAGCAAUCAUCAGGAAUUGCACUUAGAAUUCUAGAAACUAUAUCAGCUCGUAAAAAACGUUUUUUUGAUCCUCUUACAACUCUUCGAAGUGAGAUUUUGAAACUUUCGAACGUUGAUGUUAAAGCAAAAUACGUUCCUUCCUACUGUGUAAUGAUGCGAAAGGUGGUCGUUACGCCCACCACCAUGUACAUAUUGCCGCCUUCGAUGGAAACUUCCAACCGUGUAAUUAGACAUUUUCAAAAUUGUAAAGAGAAUUUUUUACGUGUUCAAUUCACCGAUGAAGCAUCUGGAAAAGUUGGUGCCAAUUCGGGUAAUGAUGCGUUAUAUAAUAGAAUAUAUCAAACACUCGUUAGUGGUAUUAAGAUUGGUGAUCGACAUUACGAGUUUCUAGCAUUCUCUUCCAGUCAACUGAGAGAUCACUCUUGCUGGUUUUUCGCUCCAACAGACAAAUUAACAGCAGACGAUAUUCGAAAUUGGAUGGGUGAUUUUUCAGAAAAUUGUGUAGUCGCAAAAUAUGCUGCCCGCAUGGGCCAAUGCUUUUCUAGCACCCGUGCAAUCGCCUACUUACAAGUAGACGAUAUUGUAGAGAUACCAGACAUAUACAGGGGUAAAUACAAUUUUUCAGAUGGCACUGGGAAAAUUUCAUAUGGAUUAGCCAAAACUAUUGCCCAGAGCUUAGAAUUGAAAAAUACACCUUGUGCUUUUCAAUUCAGACUUGCAGGCUAUAAAGGUGUUCUUUGCUUAUCCCGUUAUUUACACGGGAAUAAAAUUCAAGUACGACCUAGCCAAUGCAAAUUUGAAUCGACACAUCAAGUUUUAGAAGUAAUUAGAGGGUCAUGUAUGAUUACUGCCUUCCUCAACCGACAAGCCAUAACUCUGUUAUCUACAUUAGGGGUACCAGAUGAAGUAUUUAUUGAUAUGAAAAAUCAACAGGUGCAAGAACUAGAUAAAAUGCUUAAAAGCGAUCAUAUGGCGAUGAGUGUGUUACUCAAAAACGCCGAUGAACAUGGAAUGACUCGAAUAAUGUCUGACCUUGUGAAAGCAGACUUUUUGCAAAGGAAAGAUCCUUUCAUUCUUAACCUUCUUGCCCUAUUUCGAAUUAUGAUGUUAAGAGAUUUGAAGAGAAAAGCAAAAAUUCGUGUUGAUGAUGGAGCAUUUUUGUUAGGAGUAUUAGAUGAAACAAAUUCUUUAAAGGAUAACCAAAUAUAUUGUUGUAAAUCCGAUCCGCAAAAUCCGAAUGUAAGACAAGUAAUUAAGGGAACAUGUAUUGUGUAUCGUAAUCCUUGCUUUCAUCCCGGAGAUAUUCGAGUCGUCACUGCUGUGGAGUGUAAAAAUUUAGACUAUCUUGUUGAUGUAGUAGUAUUUCCGGCACAAGGAUUCCGGGAUAUUCCAAGUCAAUGUAGUGGAGGUGAUCUCGAUGGUGAUGAUUUCACUAUCAUCUAUGAUCCAAGACUUAUUCCUAAAAUAAAAAAUUUUGAGCCUAUGAAUUAUGAGGCACCAAAACCAGAGAUGGUUGAGCAAGUUACAAUUGAUCAUGUUAAAAAGUUUUUCGUGAACUAUAUUUGUACAGAUCAAUUAGGAUCCAUCGCUAACGCACAUUUAGCGAAGGCUGAUAUGGCAGAAAAUGGGGCAUUUCAUGGUCAAUGUAUGCGCCUGGCUCAGCUUCACUCCGAAGCAGUAGAUUUUCCAAAAACCGGUAGCCCAUUGGAAUUCCCCAAUGAACUUAGAGUGAAACGUUUUCCAGAUUUUAUGGAAAAGCCUGACAAACCCUCAUACCCUUCUCCGAAAGUCCUCGGAAGACUUUAUCGAUCAAUUGAAGUUUCAGAUUUUAGUCCUUACACAGAAAUUGUUUUUGAUGAUCGAUUGUUAGUUCCAGGAAUUGAAGCGUAUUUGGAAGAUGCACGUGAAUGCAAACGUGAUUACGAUUCAGAAGUACGUGGUUUAAUGAAUCAAUAUGGAAUAUUAUCAGAAUACGAGGUUGCCAGUGGUUUUAUUGUCAACACUGUUCUUAAAAUAGAAAAGAAGAAGCCACGUGACAUACAAAAGUCGGUAUCAGAUAUGGUUGCAGUUAUUAAAAGGCUUUAUAAAAGAAGAUUUGAAAAGGAGUUUUACAUUGAGGGAGCAGAUGGAGCAAAUAUUAUAUCACCAGAAUCUCGUGGUCUUAUGGAGGCUAAAGCAUCAGCGUGGUACUAUGUUACCUAUCAUAAAGACGAAAUUGGAGAUGAUCCAUCUGAUCAAAUGAUAUCCUUUCCAUGGGUUAAUCAUGAGAUUUUAUGCCAAAUAGCUAUGAGGAGCAGUGGCAAAAAAAGAGCAUUUAACGAUCUUUAUGUUCAAGAUAAAAAGACAUAUCAAGCAUCGAGUUCAGCGAGUUCAUCGAGCUCGUCUAGUUCUUUCAGUUCUUUAACCUCAACUAACUCGACUAGUUCGAGCUUCAACAACUAUAAUACACAAACAAAUGACUUAAGUUUCAACUCUUUCGAUUAUGAUUACCUUGAAAGCCAAAGCGAUGGAAUGGAUAGGCUUAUUAGUAAAAAAAUAUUCGAUUAUAAAUCGAUAAAGUAUGCAGAAAGAAUCGUUGAUAUAGUAAAUAAAAGUGAUAAAAUUGGCAAGUGGCUCGUAUUUAGAAUUACAUUUGACCUUGAUUCUAUAAAAAAUGGAAUAAAAGAAAUCAAGGAUAUGUUGAUCAAGGCUGGAGAAUACAAUCUCGCAUCAAAGCCUGGUGAAUUUAGAAAUCGUCCAAUUAAGGUUGUCAAGUCCGAUACAUUAGAACAAUAUUGGGAUAGAUCUACGUUACAGUUCGAUGUCGCCUACAUGAUAGAAAGUAAUAUAUCACAUAACUUUCUAAACGAAUAUAAUCUUUCAGAAGAUUUCUAUAAAAUUUUGUCACAGCAAUCAUCAGGAAUUGCACUUAGAAUUCUAGAAACUAUAUCAGCUCGUAAAAAACGUUUUUUUGAUCCUCUUACAACUCUUCGAAGUGAGAUUUUGAAACUUUCGAACGUUGAUGUUAAAGCAAAAUACGUUCCUUCCUACUGUGUAAUGAUGCGAAAGGUGGUCGUUACGCCCACCACCAUGUACAUAUUGCCGCCUUCGAUGGAAACUUCCAACCGUGUAAUUAGACAUUUUCAAAAUUGUAAAGAGAAUUUUUUACGUGUUCAAUUCACCGAUGAAGCAUCUGGAAAAGUUGGUGCCAAUUCGGGUAAUGAUGCGUUAUAUAAUAGAAUAUAUCAAACACUCGUUAGUGGUAUUAAGAUUGGUGAUCGACAUUACGAGUUUCUAGCAUUCUCUUCCAGUCAACUGAGAGAUCACUCUUGCUGGUUUUUCGCUCCAACAGACAAAUUAACAGCAGACGAUAUUCGAAAUUGGAUGGGUGAUUUUUCAGAAAAUUGUGUAGUCGCAAAAUAUGCUGCCCGCAUGGGCCAAUGCUUUUCUAGCACCCGUGCAAUCGCCUACUUACAAGUAGACGAUAUUGUAGAGAUACCAGACAUAUACAGGGGUAAAUACAAUUUUUCAGAUGGCACUGGGAAAAUUUCAUAUGGAUUAGCCAAAACUAUUGCCCAGAGCUUAGAAUUGAAAAAUACACCUUGUGCUUUUCAAUUCAGACUUGCAGGCUAUAAAGGUGUUCUUUGCUUAUCCCGUUAUUUACACGGGAAUAAAAUUCAAGUACGACCUAGCCAAUGCAAAUUUGAAUCGACACAUCAAGUUUUAGAAGUAAUUAGAGGGUCAUGUAUGAUUACUGCCUUCCUCAACCGACAAGCCAUAACUCUGUUAUCUACAUUAGGGGUACCAGAUGAAGUAUUUAUUGAUAUGAAAAAUCAACAGGUGCAAGAACUAGAUAAAAUGCUUAAAAGCGAUCAUAUGGCGAUGAGUGUGUUACUCAAAAACGCCGAUGAACAUGGAAUGACUCGAAUAAUGUCUGACCUUGUGAAAGCAGACUUUUUGCAAAGGAAAGAUCCUUUCAUUCUUAACCUUCUUGCCCUAUUUCGAAUUAUGAUGUUAAGAGAUUUGAAGAGAAAAGCAAAAAUUCGUGUUGAUGAUGGAGCAUUUUUGUUAGGAGUAUUAGAUGAAACAAAUUCUUUAAAGGAUAACCAAAUAUAUUGUUGUAAAUCCGAUCCGCAAAAUCCGAAUGUAAGACAAGUAAUUAAGGGAACAUGUAUUGUGUAUCGUAAUCCUUGCUUUCAUCCCGGAGAUAUUCGAGUCGUCACUGCUGUGGAGUGUAAAAAUUUAGACUAUCUUGUUGAUGUAGUAGUAUUUCCGGCACAAGGAUUCCGGGAUAUUCCAAGUCAAUGUAGUGGAGGUGAUCUCGAUGGUGAUGAUUUCACUAUCAUCUAUGAUCCAAGACUUAUUCCUAAAAUAAAAAAUUUUGAGCCUAUGAAUUAUGAGGCACCAAAACCAGAGAUGGUUGAGCAAGUUACAAUUGAUCAUGUUAAAAAGUUUUUCGUGAACUAUAUUUGUACAGAUCAAUUAGGAUCCAUCGCUAACGCACAUUUAGCGAAGGCUGAUAUGGCAGAAAAUGGGGCAUUUCAUGGUCAAUGUAUGCGCCUGGCUCAGCUUCACUCCGAAGCAGUAGAUUUUCCAAAAACCGGUAGCCCAUUGGAAUUCCCCAAUGAACUUAGAGUGAAACGUUUUCCAGAUUUUAUGGAAAAGCCUGACAAACCCUCAUACCCUUCUCCGAAAGUCCUCGGAAGACUUUAUCGAUCAAUUGAAGUUUCAGAUUUUAGUCCUUACACAGAAAUUGUUUUUGAUGAUCGAUUGUUAGUUCCAGGAAUUGAAGCGUAUUUGGAAGAUGCACGUGAAUGCAAACGUGAUUACGAUUCAGAAGUACGUGGUUUAAUGAAUCAAUAUGGAAUAUUAUCAGAAUACGAGGUUGCCAGUGGUUUUAUUGUCAACACUGUUCUUAAAAUAGAAAAGAAGAAGCCACGUGACAUACAAAAGUCGGUAUCAGAUAUGGUUGCAGUUAUUAAAAGGCUUUAUAAAAGAAGAUUUGAAAAGGAGUUUUACAUUGAGGGAGCAGAUGGAGCAAAUAUUAUAUCACCAGAAUCUCGUGGUCUUAUGGAGGCUAAAGCAUCAGCGUGGUACUAUGUUACCUAUCAUAAAGACGAAAUUGGAGAUGAUCCAUCUGAUCAAAUGAUAUCCUUUCCAUGGGUUAAUCAUGAGAUUUUAUGCCAAAUAGCUAUGAGGAGCAGUGGCAAAAAAAGAGCAUUUAACGAUCUUUAUGUUCAAGAUAAAAAGACAUAUCAAGCAUCGAGUUCAGCGAGUUCAUCGAGCUCGUCUAGUUCUUUCAGUUCUUUAACCUCAACUAACUCGACUAGUUCGAGCUUCAACAACUAUAAUACACAAACAAAUGACUUAAGUUUCAACUCUUUCGAUUAUGAUUACCUUGAAAGCCAAAGCGAUGGAAUGGAUAGGCUUAUUAGUAAAAAAAUAUUCGAUUAUAAAUCGAUAAAGUAUGCAGAAAGAAUCGUUGAUAUAGUAAAUAACAGUGAAAAAAAUGAACGUGAAUGA